GGGAGCCACAGACACUUGACCCUCUUCCUUGAGGGGACUGAAACAUUGGGUCCAGCUGGGGUCUGGCGCAAUUGCAGAUGACAUCUGUGCUGGAGAGAUGACCCAGCAGUCCCGGGCUGUGUGGCUGCCUUUAGCUUUGCUGCUUCUCUGGGUCCCAGGCUCUCUGUCUCUGAGUGGUCCCAGAACCGUAACCGGCACCAUCGGGGGAUCCCUGAGUGUGCAGUGUCGGUAUGACGAGGAAUACAGAGAACAUAAAAAAUACUGGUGCCGAAACUCACAUUUGCCACUGUGGAAGACGAAGAUUGUGGAAACCACAGAGUCAGAGAAAGAAGUGAGGAGCGGCCGCGUGUCCCUCAGGGAUCACCCCAAAAACCUCACCUUCACCGUGACCUUGGAGAACCUCACAGAGGCUGACACAGGAACUUACUGCUGUGGGAUCAAUAGACCAUGGCAUCAAGGAAAUUUUGUUGACCUCACCUUCAAGGUUGAGGUGUCUGUGUUGCCAGCAGCCCCAACGUCAGCCCCAAAGUCGGCGCCAACGUCAGCCCCAACUACAAGUACCUCUGUAACCACAACCUCGACCAUCACCACCCCGGCCACCGUGAGUGCCACCCUCAGCAUGAGCAGCCAGGAGGGACUGCAGCAGAACCACGGCUGGGGGCUCCAAGUGCUGUUCUCUCUGUUGGCAGUUUUGCUGCUUCUGUUGGCGGGGACCUCACUGCUGGCCUGGAGGAUGGUUCAGAGACAGGCCAAAGCUGGCGAGACUCCAGAGCCAGCCCAGACCCCCAGUCAGGCUGCCCCACAGAGCGAGCCCUGCUAUGAGAAUCUGGAGCUGCAGAUGUGUCCCCUUCGGGAAGAGCCCAUGAGGCCAAGGCAGCCGGAGGUGGUGUACAGCACGGUGGCAACCUCGGGGGGAGAGCUUCACUACAGCUCCGUGGUGUUUGACGGCCGGAGUCGGGGUUCCGAGGCCCAUAGGAUUCCCUCCCAGAGGUCGCCAGAGAAGGAGCCAGAGUACAGCGUGAUUAAGAAGAGAUAAGCCUGCGUCUCCGGCCUCGCCGUCUGGAGGUCUCUGUGGGCCACAUGGCCGGCCCCCUCCACCCUCACCCACGCCCCCUUCAGCCUGCCCUCCUCAGUGGUGACCCACAAGGCCUCUGGGCUCCCUCGGGCUGUCCCUCUUGCACCAUCAGCCCAACUGGCUUCAUUGAGGACGAGCGAGAGGGGACGGGGUUCCAGAGGGGCCUGUGGGAAACCCUCCCACCGUGUUGUUGCAUCUUUCCUCGCUUUCUCUGGUUCCUUCCAGCUCGGUGCGUGCAGGACAGGAGCCCAGUCCCUCACGGCUCCAGGAAAAGAUGUGGCUCGUGCAGGAUGGUACCUAGGAAUAGCUUUGUAAACCCCAGCCCCGUGGAAGUGUCUGGGAUCUCUGGGGAGUGGACAGCCGGGAGAGAGCCAGGAGAAGGCAGAGGCACUGAAGAUGGGUCCCCCUCACCUCACAGACAAGGACACUGAGUCCAGAGAGGAGAGGUUUAUCUGUGGCUCCAGAGCCAGCAGUGGGCAGCGUCCUCGGUUCCUCUGGACUCUUAGAUAGUUUAUUUUUAAUAUGAGAUACAAUAAAGUUUAAAAUACCUUGAGAGAGGAAAAAGUUAUUUAAACAAUGCCUGCUAUGCGUGUGCAACCCUGUAUUAAGGAAAGUUCCUGGCUUUGAUCCCAAAUGAGCACAGAGAAGUUUGGAGGAUUCGAGGGGCUGGGGACAUCCUGAGGGACAUCGCCACUGGGCGGGAGAGGGACAGUCACAGCUGAUGGUCUCCACGCUGCAGAGCGCGGCAGAGUUUGCUCGUCUGGAGAUUUUAAACUCUGCCGACAGUCCGACUCUCUCCGAACCCGCCUCCCGCCCUCUCGCUGUGCGGAAUCUCAAGGAUCCUCCUUCAACUCUUCACAAUGUUUUCACCUGUUUUAAGUAAAUGACAGUCAAAAACAAGGGCUG